AUGGUUUUCUACUUCAAGGUCCGGCCCGAGGCCGGGGAUUACACCAUUUACAUGGGUAUUGACAAGCACGAGAACGAAGAGCUCAUCAAGUACGGGUUCCCGGAGGAUAUCUGGUAAUCCCUCCUCCUCGUGUGCCGCAAGACGUAUUUAUUUUGUUUCAUGAAUUUAUACUUGGUUAUUGAAUUCGAGGGAGAUUAUCAGCGUGGAUUGCGAUACUUCUCGUACGCUGUCGUAUUGCUUUGCCCAAGUAGGUGUUUUACAUAUGCUCGUACAUGUCCUUUAUAUUCGUUGGCUUUUCUCGUGAUAUAUGUAUUUUUCCUGGAAUUAUUCUGAUUAUGCUACAUCGACGGUGUCGUCCUCAGCGCCAUCUCGGGGUGAAGUUCUUAUCCAUUGAAGUUUUUUUUUUUUCCUUAUUCUGCUUUGAUUCCUCUUUAUUCCUUUAUCAUAUGGUUUAUUUUCGUUCUAUUUUAUGCUUCAAUUGCAAUCUAUUUUAGUCUUUUUCGGACAAGGUAGUUUGUUGUGAAUUUAGGAAGCCUACAUUUAUUCCUCUAGUUUAAUUAUCUCUUUUCAAUAGUGAUGAUUGGUGCUAGAAUCUACUUAGUUUACAGACAUGAUUAUAUCUUUUUCUAUGGUACUUCACUUCUUAUAUUUUAGUCCGGAUUUUGUUUGAUGCUUCGACAAUUUAUGCCAGUGACACGCUUUCACCUAAUGUUACGUCAACAUCGUUGGCUUUUUUCUUUAGUAUUCAGUACUUUUCUCUUUUCUAUUGUUUUCAGGUUUCACGUGGACAAGAUGUCCUCAGCCCAUGUCUAUCUGAGACUAAAUAAAGGCCAAACAAUUGAUGACAUAAGUGAAGGAUUGUUGGAGGACUGCGCCCAACUUGUCAAAGCCAAUUCAAUCCAAGGUGAUUGCUUGCAUUCUACUGUAACUUUCUUUUGUGAUUAUUAAUGCAUGAUUUAGAAAAAAGAAUGACCGGGUUAUUUUGCCUCUUGAAGAUAAAGUAAAUUACUAUGUUCCUCAAGAGGAAAACCCCAUUGUACAACAAAGAGUUUUCGAAUGCUGAGCUUAUUUGUGUUUUAUAUAGGCACUUUGUUCCGAAGAGAUUCCAUGGAAUUUCCUCCAGGUCAUCAGGACUGUUAAAAGUUUCUUACGUAGUUCGGGAUCCAUGCAUUAGUCUUCCUUGGAUUUCUCGAGUAUGCACUUACUCUUGCGUAGGUUUUUUAGCUUAAUUGAUAUUGCAGGUUGACUGUAUUCUUCUUAUGAAUAAGUCAGGAGUGCUUUACAGACAGAUAAACGUGACAGAUAUAUACUACUCGUCAAGAAACUUUGAUCGAAUUUUAUAUUUCCUUUCAUGCCUCACCCGUUUUCCCUCUGGACUAUGUCCCCACUAGAUGUUUCCGUUUUCUGCAUCUGCGUGUCAAUUAGAGUUUAUUGCACCAAUACAUGUACUCCUAGACCUGAAUACAAAAGGUGACCUUAUAUUUCUCACUUGCUUAUUAUAUGUUAUUGACAGGCAACAAGGUUAACAAUGUUGAUGUAGUGUACACGCCAUGGUACAACUUGAAGAAGACUCCUUCUAUGGAUGUUGGACAAGUUGGAUUUCAUAAUUCUAAAAUGGUAUGCUAUUUACACAUUUUGGCGACUCUACAAUUUUAAGAUGGUAUGUUGGAAUUCAAAGAACGUGUGAGGGAGAUCUUAUUAAUCUAUCCUUGGGAACUGAUUUAUUCUGUGUUCAUUGCUUCUAUUCACAGUUUUUUGUUGAAACAAUCAACUACAACGUUUUAUAAAUUGAGUCUAGUUGAAAGAAUUUCGAGGGUCUUCCCUUAGUUAUUGUUCAAAAGAAGACCGUAGUUAUCUACACAUAGCAUCCACGUUGUUAACCUUUGUGGACCUUACAAUGAAGGUGCACAUAUUUUCCAGAUGAGUAUGAGCCAAGUUCAACUGUGCGUAUGUUGCUUGUGGAUCUCCUUUGAACGUGCAUGUUCAAAUAUGAAUCAGUAGAAUUUUAAUGUUCGUCUGAUCUGCCUUUAGUUUGUUAACCUUUUUACCAUUCUCCUGCUAUGGAAUUAUCUCUUGGAGACCAUUGUGGAUUAUCAACUUUAAAAGCAUAAUAUAAUUUUUUGAAUGAGAUGGAUUUUAUUCUGACUUGAACACAAGUUUUCGUUUACAUGCCUGUGACUUCUAGAAAGACGGUACUAUGUUGGCUCCAUAACUGUAUUUAUGAGCACAUACUGUGCGUAUUAGUCUUCUUCUGUAUGAUUUCGAUUGGAGAAUGAGACUAACCAAUUCAAUGGACUAGAGAAAGAGCUUAGUUUCAUUUUAUGUUUUUCAUCGUUACGUGAGUUUAUGUAUCCGAGUUCUCCUUGCAUAUGUUUCUCAACUCUUCACAGUUGUGGUAUAAUCUUCCCAUUCCUGAAAAUGAUAAAUGUCUUGUUUUCAGCUCGUAAGGGCCUAGAAUCUAAAUACAGUCAGAGUUGAUUUGGCUGAAGGUGAGCUGAUGCCAUGAACUGAGAUUGUGAUGCUGCAGCUACCUCAUUUCCAUGAUGAGGUGCUGAUUGGCAUUUACAGUUAUUAGCGUUGGGGAUGAACAGAAGCUAUUGUAGGCGGCCAUGUGCUAGAUGAGUUCUUCCUUUGCGCCAAUCAGCUGGACUCAACAGGCAUAUCUCGUUCCAACAAUAAAGACGAGGUUUUCUUUCUCUUUUAGUAUGGUAAUAUGAUAAUGAUUUUGUUAAAAGUCAAAUGAAGUUAUAAAAGUUGUUUAUCUUUUAGGCGUUUUUAAAACGGUGGUAAAAUAUGAUUUAAUUCGUUAGUUGGAAAAGGUACAGGUGUCGUUGGCUAACAUUUACACACAAUUUUCUUAUCCAUCAGAGAGGUGAAAUGUGCAGUCUAUAUGGGCAUGACUUAUAUGUCGUUUGGAACGGUUACAUGCUUGAGUGGAAUGCCGAACGCAUCAGAAAUAGGAUGCAUGUUUCUCCUAUGUAACAAGGCCUGAGGUUAAUGCAUUUGGUGCUCAUAUACAAGUUCUCUUACGAUGAGAAACCUUAUUAGAAAUAGGUCAUCUUUCCUAGUUGGGUUGACAAUUGCUCAAGAUACCUAGCAAAGGUAGCAUAAGUUGCCCUAUUUGAUCUGUUAUGAAUCCUGAUGCGGUGAUGCUGUUUAACCAAUUUCAUCUAAGGUUCCUUUUGUUGGCUGAUACGUGACCAUGAUUUCAUGGCCUGCAUACCAAAUGGCGGUUUUGCACGAAUGAAUGAAAAAAGAAAAAGGUUGUAUUCUCCAUAGAUGACGUUAGAUACAAGUGCUAUGAUAAUGGAUGCAUAACAUUUACUAUAUAUGAAGCGAGAUCCUUUUUCAAAGAAAUCAGUUGUUUAAUGGAGGAAAGAUCCUGCACCAUAUGAAUGUUUAGAUGACUGAUUCAUUUUCUACCAAAUUUGUAAUAUUUUUACAGUGGUCUUUUGGUCUCGCAUUCUUUGCGAUGCAUGCGCUAAGAAAAAGGAAGAAAAUAUGGGAGGACUGCACAAUGAACGUGGAAAGUUUUGUUAAAUUUUUUUCUUGAAAAGACCUGAGUAAUCUGGCUUGCUACCACUGAAAAGAAAAGGGUCUAGCAGGUUUUCGUCGAUAUAGAAUGGUGUGACUUCUCUGUCAUCGAUCUUUCACUUUGAUUGAUUAAUGCGGAACAGUACAAAUAAACAAGUUCCCCAAAGAAUAUGUUGGACUUGGACCCAUCUGCUCACUUGGCAACCUAGUUAGCAGAUCAAACCAUCUCUCAACCGAUGUUUGAAACUAUCAAGCUUGUAUGCUUGGAAUAGAGUAAUUUUUUGUAAUAUUAAUUUUGAGAGACCUCUCAAAGGGCAUCGGGACAGCUGUUCCAUCAAGCUCUAAUCGUGCCUUUGCUCUAGGUCUAACUGUUUAUGGACAACUCGUAGAUCAAUUUUUGUCAUAGGCUAAAGAUGCGAAUUAUUUAUGAUAUUUGCAUGCAGUUUCAGCAUCAGAAUAAUAUGAACAGGGUUCAUAAGAGAUUCAUACCUGCAGACAUGUUUCCUGUACCAUUAUGUUAAUUUCUCUCAUUUGCCCUGUCCGAAUGCUGGAAAUUGGUUAUGCAGCAUGUUAGUUGACCUGGAAAUUAGUACAGAUGUUUUAAUAUUUUGCAAAUCAUAUUUAACAGGUAUAUUAGCCAUACAUUUUCAAGGAUAUCUGUCGGUCAUCCUGUGUUGUACUGAUGAUUCGUGUGCUGCCUUUUAACUAAAAUCGUGUUCUCAUUAAUCAUGAUUCUGCUUUCAGCUUUCGGUGAAAUCUUGUGGAUUUCUAAUAUGAAUCAUGUUGAUGUUUUACCUUCGGACAUCUAAGUAGCCAUUGUGCUCCUCUUUAGGUGCGCACAGUGAGGGUAGAAAAGCGAAUAAAUGAAGUAGUCAACAGGCUGAAUAAGACGAAAGCUGAGAGGAAGCCUGACUUGAAAGGUAAGUCAACAAUGGUCCAGUCAACUUUGUGAUUUUUAAUUUUUAUUUUUAUUUUUUAAAGUGAUCAGCAACGCAGUAUCAUUGACAAAAGGAAAUAUGCACAGGCAUACAAACCAUGAACUCUCAUAGAGGCUUGCCGUACAUCAUCAUCAGUCCAGCGUGGCAUGGAACCGAAACUUAGAAUCUAACAACCUCAAAAGAACAGAUUCAUCUCUUUCAACCUACCGACCUCAACCAAUCCUUCAUUGAGAUAGAGAGAGAGAGAGAGAGAGAGAGAGAGAGAACACAUGUUUCUCUCCGUCAAGAUUGUCUGGUUAGUUUCAUGCAAAAUGAGCCGCUGAAUAGUUAGAUCCAGAUGGUCAGUUCCACCAUAGCCAAAUAUUGUUAAUGUGACAAACUGCUAGCGAACUCCUGAUAGAACGAGCAACCAUUGGGGUGAUUUUGCAAAGAUAUCUGCCCCAAUCUCUCUAUACUGUCAGCUGCUGGAUCUUAGUUCGUCACACUGAAUUUUCUUAUCAACGUUGACUUUUAUAGUGCUGCCAUAUGAUUAUAACGGCAAUUUGAAUAAGUCAUGAGGGUAGGUGGGGUGGGAAUUCAGGCGGCAGGAUGAUCUCUUUGUCCUGAAGGUCAAGUCCAAGUUGACUUUUAUCAACGUUGACUUGUAAAGACCGUCGUGGUCUGUCUUUUAUCAUGCGACUUGUAUGCCUCACGUUGAUCGAAGUGUUUGUUACCUUGCAGCUGAGCGAGAAGCGGUUAAUGCUGCAGAAAGAGCAGAGAGAAAGCUUCAAUUGAGAGAUAAGGUAGGAGGCCCUGUUAAAUGGCUAUCAUUCUUCACGCUUUAUUUAUAGAAACUCUAGCUAAAUAUGGCAUCGUUUCUCAAAUAUAUAUGUUCACGAACCUUGUAUCAGUCUUAAUAUAUAUAUAUAUAUAUAUUGGAGAUGAAAAUGAAUUAAAUCAAUAAAAAUCGUAUCACAAGAACCAUACAGAACCAUAAAAAUCAAGGAUUAUUCUUUGAUCUCCACGAGCCAUUCUUGUCCAUUGAUGUUGCAAUAAAGAGGGAAAACCUUGUUGGGAAAUUCAUCCAUAUCUCUGCGCAGAAACGGCGAGAGGAGAUGGAAAGGCUGGAGAAGGAGAAGCAGGCGGAGAUCCGAAGCUACAAGGGCCUCAUGGUCUCGGAGAAGAUGACCUCCAACAAGCAGAUCGCUUCCGCCAACAAGUCCCUGCAGGAACUGGAGGAAGAUUUCAUGUGA